UGUUAGCCAGCCCGUCUCGCCGUCUCCUCUGCAGGCUGCGUUUGCUGUCAGCAAUGGCAUCUGAAAUCCACAUGCCGGUGCCUGUGUGCCUCAUUGCGAACACCCAGACGAGGGGGCUGGUGGUCCAGCAGGAGGCCCUGCAGGUGCUGUCGGAGAUCACCCAGCCCGUGGUGGUGGUGGCCAUCACAGGGCUGUACCGCACUGGCAAGUCCUACCUCAUGAACAGGCUGGCUCGUCAGAGGAAAGGUUUCUCCCUGGGCUCCAGCGUGCAGUCCCACACCAAAGGUAUCUGGAUGUGGUGUCUACCUCACCCCUGCCAGCCUGGACACACUCUGGUGCUGCUGGACACUGAAGGGCUGGGCGACGUGGAGAAGGGCGACACCAAGAACGACACAUGGAUCUUUGUGCUAACCAUACUGCUCUCCAGCACCCUGAUCUACAACAGCAGAGGCACCAUUGACCAGCAAGCCAUGGACCAGCUGCACUAUGUGGUGAAGCUGACUGAGCAUGUCAAGUUGAAAGCAGCACCCAAGAAGAGUGAAGAUGAAGUGGAGGAUUCAGAGAAAUUUGUCCUCUUCUUCCCGAGUUUCAUCUGGGCUGUCCGGGAUUUCACACUGCAGCUGAAGGUGGCUGGGAAGGAAAUCUCUGCGGACGAAUACUUGGAGAACGCACUGAAGUUAAAGGCUGGGAGCGGCCCGGAGACCCAACGCUACAACCAGCCCCGGGAAUGCAUCCGCCAGUUCUUUCCGGAUCGCAAGUGCUUUGUUUUUGACCAACCGGCCAGCAAGAGGGACCUGGUCCGCUUGGAGGAGCUUGAGGAUGAUGAGCUUGAUCCUGAAUACCAGCAGCAGGUGGAGAAAUUCUGCAGCCACGUCUGGGAAAAGUCUCCACCUAAGACCAUCCCUGGUGGCCACAUCAUAACAGGGCACUUGCUGGGGAAACUGGCAGUGACCUACGUGGAGGCCAUCCAGAGCGGGGCAGUGCCAUGCCUGGAGAGUGCGGUGCUCGCCCUGGCACAGGUUGAGAACGCAGCAGCAGUGAAAGAGGCUGUGACGUUGUACCAGGAUCUGAUGGAGCAGCGGGCGAAGCUGCCGACGGAGACUGUUCAGGAGCUGCUGGAGCUGCACACCCAGUGCGAGCGGGAGACGCUGGAGCUGUUCAUGGCACGGGCAUUCAAGGAGGACAUCUGCUCUUUCCAGGCAGAGCUCAUACGCCAGGUAGAGGCAGUCAAGGUGAAGUUCUGCAUGGACAACAAGCAGGCGUCCCGCAACAAGUGCGAGGCUGCUCUCAGGGACCUCUCCCAACACAUGGAGAGACGAAUCAGUGAGGGUGUCUACAGUGUGUCAGGAGGUUACCAGCUUUUCAAAGGAGACCAGCAGGCACUGGUGGAGAAAUAUUGGGAACUGCCUGGCAAGGGGGUGGAGGCUGAUGCUGUCCUGCAGGAGUUCCUCCAAAGCAGAAAGACUCUGGCCAAAAGCAUCCUCCAGACAGACCUCUCCCUGACAGAGGAGGACAAGGAGCUGAAAAGUGAGCAAGACCAGUAUGAGAGAGCUGAGCAGGAGAGGGAGGUCCAGAGGAAAAAGGGGGCUGAGGACAAGCAGAAGUUGCAGGGCCGGUUACGCAGCUACAAAGAGCACACGCUUCAGCUGAGAAAGAAGCUGGAGCAUUGCUGUGUGAGGCAGCUGGAGGAGCACCAGAAGAUGAUCAGACAUAAAUCAAAGGAGGGGAGUGCGUUGCUCAAGGACGGCUUCUGUGAAAAAGCCACCCAACUGCGCAUGGUGACAUAUAGACUGGAGGAGGAAUAUCACUACAGCAGGAACAACUUCAUGUCCUGGAUCGGUGUAAUGGAGAAGAUGUUCUCCUCUUCCCUCCCAGAGCACCUGGUCUCUCACCUCGUCUGA